CAGCGUUGUGGUCUGAUGGUGAGAAGAUGCGACCGCUUCAUCCGCCUCAACCAGCGGCUUCCUUCUCGUCAGAUUCCGUCACCUGCGGCUCCGCUGCUGCCUCGCUCGCCUCGGACUCUGCCGCCACCGACCGCAUCCUCUCAGCCCCGCUCCGGCCUCCCGCAGGCCCGCCGCGGGCACGCCGUCUGCCGCGGGACAGCGGAGUCCCCGUCCCCGCUGCAGGUCGCGACGGCGCCGACCGCGGGCCCCGAGUUCAGUCUCCGCCUCCUGCUCGUGCUCCUGCUGCUGCGGCGGGACUGUCACUGGGCGGCGCGCGGAGAUGCUCGCUCUCUUUGCUAUGACUUCACCAUCAUUCCUAAGCUCAGACCUGGACAAUCAUGGUGUGAGGUUCAAGGCCAGGUAGAUGAAAAGACUUUUCUUUCCUAUGACGUUGGCAGAGACGAGGUGAAAUCCUUGAGUCUCCUGGGAGAGGAGGUGAAUGGCACGAGGGCCUGGCAAGAGCAGAUGGAAACGCUGAGAGACGUGGGGGGCUUGCUCAGGCAGCAACUUCCGGACAUUAAACCUGAGAAAUACACAGACAGGGCGUCACCAACCACGGCUCCAGCUUCAACCCCAUCCGGGGCCACGAUCAUCACUCCCAUCGCCUGGAUCCUCUCGGUGACUUUCGCCUGCUCUCUUCUCCUCGGCAUCCUAGGACAGGGAAUGGUGAAUUCUCAGCCCAAACCCUGCCCCCUCACUGAACUUUCUCAUUGUGGAAACCAGACCAGGAGAAUAAGACCUCAUCUCACUCAAUGGCAACAACUUGGACAAGCUCAGCCCUGGGCUCUGGUGUCUCCUCACUGCCCCACCCUAGGUGCACUGAGCGGCCAGGGGGAGGAGCUCCGCACAGAAAAGCUCGCUGACCGCAAGGAGGUUACUCAUUCUGGGUCUGACCGCGAGGUAACAGCCCACCGGGCUCUGCGCAUAGCUGGAUCCCCAUCCCCACUGCAUGUGAUGGCGCGGACUGCGGGCUCUGAGUUCGGUCUCAGCCUCCUGCUCCUGCUCCCGCUCCUGCUGCCUGAUCGUCCCCGGGUGGCGCUCGGCGAGGCUCACAUUCUUUGCUAUGAGUUCACCAUCAGUCCGAAACCCAAACCAGGACAACCCUGGUGCAUAGUUGAAGGAAAGGUCAACGGAGACAUUUUUCUGCACUACCACUGUGGUAGCAAGAAGUUCGAACCCGAAGGUCGUCUGGGGAUGAAGGUGAACACUACAGAGGCCUGGGGGAGACAGUCAGAAGCUCUGAAAGAGCUGGUGGAAGAGCUCAGAAAGAAACUCCUUGAGGUGGAACAAGAAAUUUCCACAACCAGCGAUCCUCUCACCCUGCAGGGCAGGAUGAUGUGUCUCUGUAAAGCCAAUGGACGCACCAGUGGAUCGUGGCAGUUUGGCUUGGAUGGACAGAUAUCCCUCCUCUUUGACUUGGAGAACAGAAACUGGACAGUGCUUCAACCUGGAGGCAGGCUGUUAAAAUGGACGUUGGCCAAUGACAGAGAUACAACGACAUUCCUCAUGAAGAUCUUAAAUGGAGACUGUAGGAACUGGCUUGAGCAAUUUUUUUUGCACUGGGAGAAAAUGCUGGAGACAACAGCAUCACCAACCACAGCCCCAGCUACAGCCCAAUCCAGGGCCACAGCCAUCACUCCCAUCACCUGGAUCCUACCGGUGACACUCCUCUGCUCUCUUCUCCUUGGCAUCCUAGGCUGAGUCCUUCAGAGCAACAGGCCCUCGUGGAAGGGAUGAUGCCCACCCUCAUUGGUGAGGGCCAUCUUCUUUACGCAAUCGCCUGAUUCAAAUACUAAUCUCUUCAAGAAGCACCCUCACGGACAAACCAGAAAGAAUGUUCUACCAGCUGUCAAGACAUCCUUUAGCUCAGUCAAGUUGACAUAUAGAAUCAACCAAGACAAAGACCUCGUCUUACUUGGCAGCAAUUACUUAGGGAAGUUCAGCAUAGAGUUCUGACAACUCCUCACUGUCAGAAGCCAGGAGGAAAGUGCAGGGGCUCAUACGAAGGUUAACAGCCGGUUUAUGCUAAAGAGAUUUAGCAAAAUAUGGCCUAACUCACACCAGAUUCUCCCUUUGGGAGGGGCUCACAGGAGGGUGGGGGAGGGAGACAGCAGGAACACGAGGCAGGGGCCACACGCAAAUUUAGGUGAGAGCAGCAGGGUGGCUCCACACGAUGUGUCAUAGGGAAGGGAUUCUAUCCAGAUGCCUAGAGGAGAGGGGCCUGGGACUAAUCGCAGGAAGAGGGGCGGGAAGGCCUUGCAGACCCAACUCAAAAAGCUGGAGUUUAAGGCUGCAUUCCCACAGAAAGCGGCUUGCGUGACGGCAGGUGGGGCAGAAGGUGAAGAGUAGAGACUGUCUGGAUGAGAUUAGAGGGAGGUCAGUACUCCAUGGACACCUGGGAACCCUGGCUCAGCCCUGCUACAGUCACCUGGCAGCCACCCUCCUGCUGUGGACCCCCGAUCCUGAGGCACUGCACCCCGCCUGGAGCAGAGGUGACUCAGGAGAUAGGUGGGACUGGGUUGGUGUUGGGGUUGGACAAGGACAGCUCAGCUGGACCAGGAAUGGAUGGGGUGGGGCAGGAACCAUCACACUCAGGGCUUUUGAGAUGCCAGCAGGGUGAGGAGAGGCUGAGAGAGGAGGGGAAAGGAGGAUCUUUGCCUGCAGCCCUCCCCAGUGCUCGAGGAACCAGAAUCCAGGCCCCUCUCUUUGCACGGGGCUGCCACUGGGUCCUCUAGGCCUUGCCAUUGGAGGGAGGAUCAGGAUCUAAGUAAGCAGAAGAGAUUGAAUCAUUACUCACUUUAGUCCUGAGACCCAAAGCGCCAUCGUGGGGCCCAGAGCUGACUGUGUCACGUGGUAAAGGAGAGGGGAAGUUGGUCCAGGCUGCAGGACUAGCGCUGGGGGUAGGAGUGGAGGGAACUACAUGACCCUCAGUGAGUGUGGUGCUCUGAGAUGGGGCGUGACUGGGGAGGGGUAGCCCCAGGAGAACUGACCCAGGAUUUCCUCAGUCCCUGGGACAAACUCCUGUGUCCCUUUUAGAGGCUGGAGUUACGCUGGCCUACUCACUGGUCCUCACCAUCGUGCCUCCAGGCUUUCUGUUCUGGCUCAUUCCUCUGUCAGGUAUUUCCUUUCCCGUAACCCAGAGAGCCUGUCCUGUUUUAAAGCUGGACAGAAAUACCACCUCCCAUUAAGUCUUCCUGACCCUCCUCAGGCUCUGUUAAUUACUUUGUUCUGUGUGUCCUAAUACAGGAGUCCAUGGUGAGACCAU